CCAGCCGGCAGGGGGCGCUGCGGCGGCGGGCGCGGCCCCGGCUGAGGGCGGGCGGCCCAAGAUGGCGCAGGCCGUGAGCGUGGGGGAGCUGGGGCUGCCGCAGCUGGAGCUGCUCAAGGGGCAGCUGGAGCAGGAGGUGGAGUUCCUGUCCUCGUCCCUGGCGCAGCUCAAGGUGGUGCAGACCAAGUUCGUGGAGGCCAAGGAGUGCCUGAACGUGCUGCACAAGGGCAACGAGGGGAAGGAUCUCCUGGUGCCUCUCACCAGCUCCAUGUACGUGCCAGGCAAGCUGCAGGACGUCAGCACGGUGCUGGUGGACGUGGGCACGGGCUACUACGUGGAGAAGUCAGCCGAGGACGCCCGCGCGUUCUUCCGCCGCAAGGUCGAGUUCCUGACGCGGCAGAUGGAGAAAAUCCAACCAGCCCUGCAGGAGAAGCACGCCAUGAAACAGGCCGUGCUGGAGAUGAUGACGCAGAAGCUGCAGCAGCUGACGGCGGCCCAGGGGGGUCCCGGGGGGGGCCAAGGCGUAGCCCCCUCCCCAAAAUCCCACACUGGGGGUUUGGGGGUGCAGCCCCCUCCCCAAAAUCCCCGCGGUGGGGGUUUGGGGGUGCAGCCCCCUCCCCAAAAUCCCGCGCUGGGGGUUUGGGGGUGCAGCCCCCUCCCCAAAAUCCCACACUGGGGGUUUGGGGGUGCAGCCCCCUCCCCAAAAUCCCCGCGGUGGGGGUUUGGGGGUGCAGCCCCCUCCCCAAAAUCCCGCGCUGGGGGUUUGGGGGUGCAGCCCCCCUCCCCAAAUACCCGCGCUGGGGGUUUGGGGGUGCAGCCCCCUCCCCAAAAUCCCGACCCCCCCCCCAUUUUGUACCAGUCCCUGGAAUAAAGCAGAGACGG